AUGCGUUUCUCAAGCAUCCUCCUCGUUGCAGUCGCUGUUGGCGCUGCUACAUUCGCCAAUGCUGCCCCAAACCGCGGUGUUGAAGCUGCAAGCAAUAUUGAAUUCGCUGCUCGUGAAGUCAAGCCAGUUACCAACAACGUCGUUCGUGAUGUAAAGAGCGCCGACAAAGUGAACCGUCGUGCAGAUGACAAAACCCCCGAACUGAACCGUCGUGACAAUUGGGUUUGGGCAGAAUUCACUGAUGACUAUGGCAACAACGGAGAUGGUUACCAUGACCUGUACAGCACGGAUGAUUUCUACGUUCCAACCGAUAAGACAAAGAUCAAAAUUCACGCAAGUCCAAACCAAUACGAUUCAUUCUACCUCGACAAAGCUUGGGACACGGAUUCUUAUCAAUACCUUUACCAACCUUAUGACGGUCAAUUGAUCGACUUUUGGUUGGACGGUACUUGGUUCAAGUUCGAAGUUGCAGGUGAUGAUGACAAGAAGAAGAAAGCUCAUUAG